GCCGCCGCCAGCGUACACGGCCCACGACCCUGGUACGAUGGGCAAACGGAGACCAGAACAUGUCGCUGUCGCGCUCGGAGGAGAUGCACCGGCUCACGGAAAAUGUCUACAAGACCAUCAUGGAGCAGUUCAACCCCAGCCUGCGCAACUUCAUCGCCAUGGGGAAGAACUACGAGAAGGCGCUGGCAGGUGUGACGUACGCGGCCAAAGGCUACUUCGACGCCCUGGUGAAGAUGGGGGAGCUGGCCAGCGAGAGCCAGGGCUCCAAAGAACUCGGAGACGUGCUCUUCCAGAUGGCGGAAGUCCACAGGCAGAUCCAAAACCAGCUGGAAGAAAUGCUGAAGUCUUUUCACAACGAGCUGCUCACGCAGCUGGAGCAGAAGGUGGAGCUGGACUCCAGGUACCUGAGUGCCGCGCUGAAGAAAUACCAGACGGAGCAAAGGAGCAAAGGCGAUGCCCUGGACAAGUGUCAGGCUGAGCUGAAGAAACUGCGCAAGAAGAGCCAGGGGAGCAAGAACCCGCAGAAGUACUCGGACAAGGAGCUGCAGUACAUCGACGCCAUCAGCAACAAGCAGGGCGAGCUGGAGGGCUACGUGUCGGAUGGCUACAAGACGGCCCUCACCGAGGAGCGCCGGAGAUUCUGCUUCCUCGUGGAGAAGCAGUGCGCCGUGGCCAAGAACUCUGCCGCCUACCACGCCAAGGGCAAGGAGCUGCUGGCGCAGAAGCUGCCGCUGUGGCAACAGGCCUGCGCCGACCCCAACAAGAUCCCGGACCGCGCCGUGCAGCUGAUGCAGCAGGUGGCCAGCAGCAACGGCGCCAUCCUCCCCAGCACCCUGUCGGCCUCCAAGUCCAACCUGGUCAUCUCGGACCCCAUUCCGGGGGCCAAGCCCCUGCCGGUGCCCCCCGAGCUGGCACCGUUUGUGGGGCGGAUGUCUGCCCAGGAGAACGCGCCCGUCAUGAACGGCGUCGCAGGCCCGGACGGCGAGGACUACAACCCCUGGGCUGACCGCAAGGCUGCCCAGCCCAAGUCCCUGUCUCCUCCGCAGUCCCAGAGCAAGCUGAGCGACUCGUACUCCAACACGCUGCCCGUGCGCAAGAGCGUGACCCCCAAAAACAGCUACGCUGCCACUGAGAACAAGACUCUGCCCCGCUCCAGCUCCAUGGCCGCCGGCCUGGAGCGCAACGGGCGCACGCGGGUGAAGGCCAUCUUCUCCCACGCGGCGGGGGACAACAGCACCCUGCUGAGCUUCAAGGAAGGGGACCUCAUCACCCUGCUGGUGCCCGAGGCCCGUGACGGCUGGCACUACGGCGAGAGCGAGAAGACCAAGAUGCGGGGCUGGUUUCCCUUCUCCUACACGCGGGUGCUGGACAGCGACGGCGGCGACAGGUUGCACAUGAGCCUGCAGCAGGGCAAGAGCAGCAGCACCGGGAACCUCCUGGACAAGGACGACCUGGCCCUGCCGCCCCCCGACUACGGCGCGUCCUCCCGGGCCUUCCCCCCCCAGACGGCCGGCACCUUCAAGCAGCGGCCCUACAGCGUGGCCGUGCCCGCCUUCUCCCAGGGUCUGGACGACUAUGGCGCCAGGUCCGUGAGCAGCGGCAGUGGCACGCUGGUGUCCACAGUGUGAGGACGCCAACUGCGGGCGGCCGCUGCUCGGGAGAGCUCCGCCCCCCCGUCUCCGCCCUCAGCUCUCGCUGGUUUGUUCUUGGGUUGUUCUUUCCACUCCGCCCCCGCCUUUCGGUUGGUGACCCCAGACUCUGCGAUCCCCCAGGGUCCAUGGUGCUGCUCCUCCGCCCCCGUGUUUACAGCCCCGUGUGUCCCGGCCCCUCGCGCAGAACCCGCGGGCAGCACCUGCCGGGCAGCGCAGGGGCCUCCUCCUCCGCCCACCCGCGGCGUCCGCGCGCUCCCUCCCCGUUCCCAGGCUCGCCCAAGCCGGGCCUAAAGUUUGAACAACAAAAAGAAAAAUCUUUGAAAAAAAAAAAAAAAGAUGAAAAACAGGAAAAAGGACUUUUUUUCCUGGAAAACAAAAACAGGCAUGCAUGGACUCCGGUGUACGUACUGUUACUUUGCAUCCGACCCCUCGCGCUGGCGCCCGCUAGGACAGGGGAGGUGCUGGGCCGUGGCUCGCGCCCGGGGACCGGCCGCCCCAGGCCCCUUCUGAGGCCGCAGGGGAAGGGGGCUCGUGCCGAGCUGGGGCCUCCUGAGGAAGCUGCCGCUCCGGUGAGGGAGGCCGCGGCCGGGCCCAGCCGGUCGGCCGGCCGGCGCACGAGGCCUUGCCCCUGGUGGGCUGGACGGUGUGCGUGGGCCGCUGUGCGGAGGCCGGGCGCACCCCCGGCAGGGGGUCCUUACCUCACGCAGCGCUGGCAGGAGCGGGCCCGGGGCAGGCGCUGCCCGGCCGCACACGGACAUUCCAAAGACCUCCAGAGACCCCCGCCCCCCACGUGUUUUGGAAAUCGUUUCUUUAACCAGCCUUGUGAGGGAGUCCCGGCCUGGCUGCGCGCGGCAGGGCGUGCACGGCGGGCCGGCCCUGGGAGGGGGCUUGGCGUGCCUCCCCGCACCGCCCCCCAGGGGAGCAGGCGGUCCCUGCCCCGUUCUUCCUAAACACUCUCGUCUUUUUGUGUGUCUUGGUGACUUUAGAAGCAAACACACUGGACUCAGUGGCUACUGGUAUUGUCUCUUCACACACUGAAUUCUGGGGAGUGGCGCGAAGGGCGCGGCCCGGCUCCGCCUGCCUGCCGCGGGGAGCCCCUUUGUGAAGCUGCGGACGCCCCUUUUUCUGAUGUGGUUUAGCAAAACCCUCCCGCACACCUGCCCGUGGACUGGGAUGUGGCUGUAGUUUGUGAGAGAAGCAGCUCCAGGCACAGACAGACCCGUUUUAUAUUUAAGGAAAACAAAGCCAGGACCGGGACCUCUGUAAGGAGAACCUUCUGUGCUGUUCUAAUUUUGCUAAAAGAUUUCAAAUCCAGGGGAUUCCAUGCUCAAUGGAUGAAUGUAGACAAAACCGCAAAACUUGUAUGAAGAUGUAAAGUGCUGAAAAUAUUUUUCCUGUUUCUUUUCCUUUUUUUUAAACAUCUGAAUUGUGCCCUGUACUGCAGUUACCUGUUUGAAUAAAAGUUUUAUUUAUUGCA